AUGAGAGGCUUCAUCAUAAUCAUCCCAAUCUUACUCUAUCUAUCCACAUUCACAACAGCAGCCACAAACUCCCGACUCGUUCUGAACCGCGGUGAUUCCAUAACCGUCGGCAAAGAAUCAGAGUUCCUGACCUCCCCCGACGCCACCUUCACCCUCGGCUUCUACAACCUCGGCACCAACGCCCACUGGCUUGCCAUAUGGUUCACCAACUCCGCCGACAAGACCGUCGUCUGGACUGCCAACCGCAACCGCCCCGUCAACCGCAAGGGCUCCAAAGCCACCCUCCUUCGCGACGGCACCCUGGUGUUAACCGACGUCGACGGCGCCGUCGCAUGGCAAACCAACACCACUUCCUUCGACGUCGCCGCCGCUCAUCUCCUCAACACAGGCAAUCUUGUGUUACGGAAUCAAAAAGGAGACAUUCUAUGGCAGAGCUUCGACUCUCCCAUGGACACUCUCCUGCCUUCUCAGCCAUUCACCAAGAAUACUAGGCUCACAUCCAUCUUAAGUAAAGCAAGCUUCGCCACUGGCUUUUUCAAUCUCUACUUCGGAAGCGACAACGUUUUGAGACUGAUCUCCGACACCCCGGACACCUCCACCUCCUACUGGCCUAAUCCGGAUUUCGACAUCUACAAAAACGGUAGAACCAACUAUAACAGCAGCAGGAUUGCAGUGCUAGAUGAUCACGGCCGCUUCCUCUCUAGCGAUAUGUUACAGUUCAACGCUUCCGACGUAGGCCCGGGCGUUAAGCGGAGGCUUACCAUGGACCACGAUGGCAACCUUCGGAUCUACAGUUUGAACGCCUCCACGGGCUUAUGGUCCGUCACGUGGCGGGCGCUGUCCCAGCCCUGCGACAUGAUGGGCGUGUGCGGGAAGAACACGAUCUGCGUGUACGCGCCCCUCCUGCCCAAGUGCACGUGCCCACCGGGCUACAUUAUGGAAGACGACACCAACUGGAACACCGGAUGCAAACCGGCAUUCAAUCUAACCCUGCUGCAGUCCACACGAGUUACCUUCCUGCAAAUUCGUUACGCGGAUUUCUAUGGAUUCGAUUUCAGCAUCCCCAGCCCCGUCACGUUGGAGACGUGCACGAGCAUGUGUUUGGAGGAUUUCCGGUGCAUAGCCUUCGGCUACCGUUUGGAAGGAUAUGGGCAAUGUUUUCUCAAAAGCGCAAUGCUCAACGGCUACGCGACGCCCGAUUUUCCGGGUAGUAUAUACAUCAAACUGCCCAACACUUUGGCGCCAUCUAAGCCUAAUAUAUUCCAUGCCUCGAGCCUGAGGUGUGGCUCGGAUGAGAGAGAAGAACUCUUAGGUUCCUCUUCAAUGUAUGAUUUCAGUGGCAGGACGGUUAAAUGGGUGUAUAUGUAUUCAUUUGCAGCAGCACUGGGGGCUAUAGAGGUGAUGUUCGUACUCCUAGGAUGGUGGUUUCUCAUCCGAAUCCAUGGGAUCCCAGCCUCGGUACAGGCAGGGUGCAACAUGAUCUCGAGCCAGUUCCGGCAGUACACCUACUCGGAGCUGAAGAAGGCAACCAAGAAUUUCACAGAGGAGUUGGGGCGAGGGGGAUCGGGAACCGUCUACAAAGGCGUCCUCUCCGACGACCGGGUGGUGGCGGUGAAGAAACUAGGAGACGUUUUUCAAGCUCAGGAAGAGUACUUCGCAGAGAUAAGCACGAUAGGAAAGAUCAAUCACAUGAAUUUGGUGAGAAUAUGGGGAUUCUGCUCGGAGAGGAGGCAUCGCCUCCUCGUCUACGAGUACUUGGACAACUUGUCGUUGGACAGGCAUGUUUUCGGCUCGAGCUUCCUUUCAUGGAAACAGAGAUAUGUUGUUGCAUUAGGAACGGCCAAAGGGUUGGCGUACUUACAUCACGAGUGUUUAGAGUGGGUGAUCCACUGCGACGUGAAGCCAGAGAAUAUACUUCUGGAUAGUGAUUUCCAGCCCAAGAUUGCGGAUUUUGGGCUGGCGAAGCUGCUGCAGAGGGAGGGGGAUGGGUCGGAAUUCACGAGGAUACGAGGGACAAAGGGGUACAUGGCGCCAGAGUGGGCGCUGAGCCUUCCCAUCACCUCCAAAGUGGACGUGUUUGGGUACGGGGUGGUGGUGCUGGAGAUGGUGAGGGGGGUGAGGUUGUGUAAUUGGAGGGACGGGGAUGGUGACGGGGGUGGGGCACUUGCCAGCUUUGUGAGGAGAUGGAGAGGGGAGGUGGAGGGGGUGGUGGAUGGGAGAUUGGAUGGGCGGUUUGGGCGGCGGCAGGCGACAGCGUUGAUUCAGGUGGGGCUUGCCUGCGUGGAGGAGGAUAGAAAUAAGCGGCCGACCAUGGCGACUGUGGUGCAAAGUUUGAUGGCAUGUGAAUAUGAAGAAGAUUGAGUUUCUUUUUCUUCUUUUUAUGUUUUGGACACCUCAUUCAUUGUUCUUGUUCUAAUGUCAUUCCGAUAUAAAAUACAAUUAAAUCACGAAUAAUAAAGAAGAUUAUGGA